UUUGGGGCCUGUGGUCAGUCCCUCCCCUCCUCUUCCCCCACUGCUUAUCAAUCAGAGACAGUUCUUACUUCUGAGAGAGAGAGAGAGAGAGAGAGAGAGAGAGAGGAGAUAGAGAUUAAGAUAGAGAGAUGCUAUCUUUCUUCUUCUUAUUCUUCUUCUUCUUCACUCUCUCAGCCUCUGGCUUUUCAAUGAAGGAAUGAACCCAGAACAAAUUAAACCUCUUCUUCUCAGAAUAAGAUGGAUCGAAAACAUCAUCAUCAAGCAGUAGAAUCAAGUGAAGAACAAAACCCAGGUUUCCUUUUAGACACUCUGUACUGCUCCGAAGAGCAUUUGGUGGAUGAACAAGUGAGCGCAGUGGAUUAUUUCCCAGAAGAGGAAUUAGUAGAAGACAGUUUUUACAGCAAUGUUUCGUCGUUUAAACCAAUAAAAGCUCCAAUCUUUGUCGAGCAAGACCUGUUUUGGGACAAUGAGGAGCUAAUCUCUCUGUCUUCCAAAGAAUCUGAGCAAAACGAGCUCCAGAAACCCCUCCAAAUCAGCCCCUCUCUGGCCGGAGCUCGCAGAGAGGCGGUGGAUUGGAUGCUGAGAGUCACUUCCCACUACUCUUUCUCCGCCCUAACGGCGGUGCUCGCGGCGGAUUACUUCGACAGGUUCUUAUCCAGCCUCCAGCUUCAGGUUGAGAAGCCGUGGAUGACUCAGCUCGCUGCAGUGGCAUGUAUCUCUCUUGCGGCCAAAGUUGAGGAGACCCAAGUCCCCCUUUUGCAGGAUUUCCAAGUGGAGGAUAGUAAGUAUGUGUUUGAAGCUAGAACAAUCAAACGAAUGGAGAUUUUGGUGCUCUCAACUCUCCAAUGGAAGAUGAAUCCUGUCACUCCGAUUUCGUUCAUCGAUUACAUCACCCGAAGACUCGGUCUGAAAAACCAUCUCUGUUGGGAAUUCCUCAAGAGAUGUGAGCUCAUCCUUCUGAAUCUAAUUUCAGAUUCUAGGUUCAUGUCUUUCCUUCCAUCUGUAGUUGCCACUGCCACAAUGCUGCACGUUGUCAAUAACAUAGAACCGUGUCUACUAAUCGAAUACCGAAACCAGCUCUUGGGAAUUCUGGGCAUCAAUAAGGACAAAGUGGAUGCUUGCUGUAAGCUCAUAUCGGAAUUAACAUCUUCCGGAGGCAAAGGCAAUGGCAAACAAUCCAACAAGCGUAAGUUUGGUUCUGUUCCAAGGAGUCCCAAUGGAGUGAUGGAUGUGUCAUUUAGCUCUGAUAGCUCGAAUGAUUCGUGGGCCGUUGGAUCAUCAGUCUCAUCCUCGCCGGAGCCUCUGUCGAAGAAGAGGAAGCUCAACCAGAAUCCUAAUGCAGAUAUCCUCAGCAUCAUCCCUCGCUAGUUCCUCAAUUGGUUCCAUCUACCAAAAAAAAGUCUUUUCCAUGUCUAAUAAUACUUAUGUGGAUUUGUUAAAUUGCCUACCAUCUUUGAAUUUUCAUCCUAAUUGUCCCAAUCAAAUCCAUUCCAGUCCAAUCCAAUCCGGAUGAUCCGAUCCAUGUGUGAUGGUGGAUGUAUCGGAGAUUAGGAAACGGAGAUGGUUGGCAUUUUAUCCGGAGGAAACUUUUUAAGAACAUAGCAAUGAAGAGAGCACUUGCAGCAGCUGCAGGGCAGUAUAAUUAUAUAUAUCUCCUCUUACCCCUCUUGCAUGGCCUUUUUCAAGAAAAAAACAAAAAAGAAAGCAAUAAUAUCUAUGUAGGUGUAGCUGCCUUCCACAUUGUUCAUUAUCUUAAUUUAUUUAAAUA